ACUGACUGAGCGUGUUUGUGAGUGUAGUCUGAAUGCGAGCCGAUCCGCGGCUAGAACAGCAAAAUUAACGGGAACAGUUUUUCAUAUUAACAACAGCAAUAUGUGCAUUACGACCACACCUGCUUUGAGCUACUCUAAAAACUAGGAUAUAAGGUGAGCUAGUCCUACCCCUCCCAGCCACGCCCGGCAUCUUCUCCCCGUCUCUCUCUUCGUCCGCCUCAUCCAUCUCUUCCCCCGGCAUUCUCCGCCAUGGCACUCCUCUCCACCUCUCUCUCUGCCUCUCUCCCCUUCCUUCUCUUUCUCCUCCUCCCCCUUCCUUCGCCCUGCAUCCUGGAGUCUCUACGAGGAGGAGGAGAGGAAGAGAACCGCUCCAUCUCCACCAUGUCCUAUCCCUCCAUGUCUCCGGAGUUUUGGAGCAACAGCAGUACGGGGCUGGGCGGCAGUUCAAAGUGCUCGCAGCCGGUGGUGUGCAGGCCGGGCACCAUGCUGCCUGUGUGGAAGCCCCUGAGCCCCGGGCUGGGCGACCAGGUGGCCAGGGCUGUGGUCUACUUCACCUGCCUCAUGUACAUGUUCCUGGGAGUGUCCAUCAUCGCAGACCGCUUCAUGGCCUCUAUCGAGGUCAUAACCUCACAGGAGAAGGAGGUGACCAUCACCAUGCCAAGCGGAGAGACGUCUGUGGCUACUGUACGUAUCUGGAACGAGACUGUGUCCAACUUGACUCUGAUGGCUCUAGGCUCCUCCGCCCCAGAGAUCCUGCUGUCUGUCAUAGAGGUGUGUGGGCAUGGGUUCGAGGCGGGUGAGCUGGGCCCUGGCACCAUCGUGGGCAGCGCCGCCUUCAACAUGUUUGUGAUCAUCGCCCUCUGUGUGUGGGUCAUCCCUGAAGGAGAGACCAGGAAGAUCAAACACCUGCGUUGUUUCUUCAUCACAGCCUUCUGGAGUAUCUUCGCCUAUAUCUGGCUUCUCAUCCUCUCUGUCAUCUCACCCGGAGUAGUGGAGGUGUGGGAGGCUCUGGACCUCUACUGCCUACUUCCCGUGUGUGUUGAUCUGGCCUGGAUCGCCGACCGAGCGCCUGCUCUUCUACAAGUAUAUGGCAAGCGUUACCGCGCCGACAAGCACGGCAUCGUCGUGGAGACGGAGGACACAACCCCGAAAGGCUUCGAGAUGAUUAUGGACGGAAAGUUCCCAACCUAGGGGAGGGGCGGUGGAAUGAUGCCCAGUGAGAACUGCCAGGAUGGGGCCAAAUGCGGCGGGCACGUGGCCUACCUACCCAACUCCACCAGCACCAUGGUAACCGUAGAGAAUACAAAGGAGCUGGACGAGAGCCGCAAGGAGGUGAUCCGCAUUCUGAAGCAGCUGAAACAGAAGUUUCCGGACAAGGAGCUGGAUCAGCUGGUAGAUCUAGCCAACUACUACGCCCUCCUCCAUCAGCAGAAGAGCCGCGCCUUCUACCGCAUCCAGGCUACGCGCAUGAUGACCGGCGCCGGCAACGUGCUCAAGAGGCACGCCGCCGACCACWCCCGCCGCGCCGCCGCSGUGGACGAGGAAGUGGUCUGCGAGGACGACGACCUGGCUGAGUGCAGCCGMCUGGCGUUYGAGAGCACCCACAGCCAGUGUAUGGAGAACUGCGGCGUACUGAGGCUGGCUGUGGUGUGUCAAGGGGGCCUGGGGGAGAGCACCUUCUACGUGGACUACCGGACCGAGGACGGCUCGGCCAACGCCGGGUCUGACUACGAGUACAGCGAGGGAACGCUGGUGUUCAAACCCGGAGAGACCCGCAAGGAGAUCAAGGUCGGCAUCAUCGAUGAUGACAUCUUCGAGGAGGACGAGCACUUUUUCGUGCGGCUGCUCAACUUGCGCAUCGGUGACGCCGAGGGGAUGUUCGAGAGUGAUGAGCCAGGUGCGAGACCCAAGGGUCGCCUGGUGGAGCCACUGGUCGCCACGGUGACCAUCCUGGACGACGACCAUGCUGGAUUCUUCACAUUCCGUAAUCGGCUAGUGCGCAUCAGCGAGAGCGUUGGCACCAUGGAGAUCUCAGUGGUGCGGAACUCGGGCGCCCGCGGCACGGUGAUCCUGCCCUAUCACACGGAGGAGGGCACGGCGAAGGGGGGCGGCGUGGACUACGAGGACACCCAGGGAGAGCUGGAGUUCUCCAAUGACCAGACAACUCAGACCCUGCAGGUGAGGAUCAUUGACGAUGAGGAGUAUGAGAAAAAGGAGAACUUCUUCAUCGUACUAGAGGAACCACGCUGGCUGAAGAGGGGAAUCUCAGCCCUUCUGCUCAACCAAGAGGAUCCUGAUGGCCAGAUGAGUGCAGAGGAGGAGGAGGCGAGACGCAUUGCAGAGAUGGGAAAGCCCAUCUUGGGGGAGCACAGCCGGCUGGAGGUGGUCAUUGAGGAGUCUUAUGAGUUCAAGAGCACCGUUGACAAGCUCAUUAAGAAGACCAACUUGGCCCUUGUGAUUGGCACGCACUCCUGGAGGGAGCAGUUCGUGGAAGCUGUGACUGUCAGCGCAGGUGAUGGUGAUGACGAUGAUGAAGAGGGGCGUGAGGAGCGUCUGCCAUCCUGCUACGACUACGUCAUGCACUUCCUGACGGUGUUCUGGAAGGUUCUGUUCGCCUUCGUUCCGCCCACCGAGUACUGGAAUGGCUGGGCCUGCUUCUUCGUGUCCAUCUCGGUUAUCGGCAUCCUGACUGCUGUCAUCGGGGACCUAGCCUCCCACUUCGGCUGCACCGUCGGUCUCAGGGACACUGUCACUGCCGUGGUGUUUGUGGCUCUGGGUACUUCCAUUCCCGACACGUUUGCCAGCAAGGUGGCGGCUACGCAGGACCAGCACGCUGACGCGUCGGUGGGCAAUGUUACGGGCAGCAACGCGGUCAACGUAUUCCUUGGCAUCGGGGURGCGUGGUCGGUGGCGGCCGUCUACUGGAAGGUGCAGGGCAAGGAAUUCCGCGUGGACCCGGGCUCCCUGGCCUUCUCCGUCACCCUCUUCACCAGCUUCGCYUUCAUCUGCAUGGGCGUGCUACUGUUCCGCCGGCGGCCCUCUAUCGGGGGGGAGCUGGGCGGGCCGCGGACAGCACGCAUCAUCACCAGCCUCUUCUUCCUGGGCCUCUGGUUCCUCUACGUCCUCUUCUCCAGCCUGGAGGCCUACUGCCACAUAGAGGGCUUUUAGAGGACACAUGAGAGCAGAGACAGGGCUACUAGUCAAAACACUGAUAUACAUUAUAGUUAUUAUAAUACACACAUCUACAACAGGACAAGGCCCAGGCCAAAUGUUGGGACCUGGUCAUUGUCACUUGAUCACUAAUACCUAAGGGAUCUAUAGACAUACCAGAUAUACACACACAAUUACAUACAAAACACAUACACACACAUACUGAAACAACUGUACAUAUAACUACAUGCAUGCGCAAACAAAUGCAAAUGUGGUCUCUCACCAAGACAAACACACACACAUACAGUACUGUAACAAGGGCACCACACAGGUUGUGUGUGGCCUGGAUGACACCCAGUUAACAUCAACCUCCUAUUGCAGGCUCAAAUGUUAUACACACUCACUGGACAAAUGAGGAAGAGAAGGAGAGAAAAKAAAGUAUUGGUCAAGGAAGUGAUGAAGGAAGUAAGACAGGAGAGAUUUCAAAGAAGGAAGCAUGUUCAGAAUGUAAACCAGCAUGUGGGAAAGAGGGAGAGAGAAAGAGAGAAAUUGACAGACAGGUGUGUAGAAACUAAGUGUUGCAGUGGCAUGCUAUUCAUUACAGCUGGCUGCAUAACAUGGUUUUGGGUCCAGCUAGACUGCUUUAACUGAAGCAGGGUAGAGUGACAUGGGUUUUGCAGGGAUAGCCAUAGCUCUAUCACCGGUGCAGCAGAGGUAAACCAGACUCAGUCCACUCGACUCAAAGUACAGUGGUGCAAAAAAAGACUMAAUUGUCAGAYUUGAGUAAAAGUAAAAAGUAAAAGUAAAUGCUAUACAUCAAAUUCCGUAUAUUAAACAAACCAGACCGCACAAAUGURUUUUUUAUGGACAGCCAGGGGCACACUCCAAAACGUACACAGAAUUUACAAACGCAGUAUUUGUGUUUAGUGAGUCCGCCAGAUCAGAGGCAGUAGGGAUGACAACCCGUUAUAUUGAUAGGUGCGUGAAUAGGACUAUAUUGCUGUCCUGUCUGAGCAUUCUAAAUGUAACGAGUACUUUUGGGUGUCAGGGAAAAGCUAUGGAAGUAAAAAAUAACAUUUUCUUUAGUAAUGUUGUUGAGUACAAGUCAAAGUUGUCAUUAAUAUAAAUAGUAAGGUAGAGAACAGAUAACUCGUGUUUGGGGUAAGUUUUAAGUCAAAGUAUUUUUACUUACAGUUACUUUACACCACUGCAUAGUAGUGGAAUGGGUCCAUCUUCAGUCGCUAUGACGGAGCACCAUGAAAAUGGUCGAUCAAUGAGUAAAAUGUUUACAUUUAGCAACGGGAGAUACUGAGUAAAACAGCAACMACAAAACUGAAAGCCCCAAGUUGCAGUUAUAAUUUUCUAUAGAGAGGUGGGAAUUCCGCAUGACAUUGAAACAAGGUCUCAAUGCUGUGUUGGUGUAAAUACAUGCUUAUAUACUAUAGGAGAGUAGAUGUAUUUAUUAGAGGGACUUCUCUACAGAUAUGGUAGAAUGGGGUGGCCAAUGGGAACAUAUAUAAUGCAUGGGGUUCAGAAACUAGUCACCACUCUCCGACUUGACAGGAAAAUGACUUUUGGAGAUAGCUUGUGUAAGUUAUGGCUCCUAUACGAGACAUCAUUCUUUCUCAUAACUACAAUCCCAUCCAUUGAAGUUAAACAGAGYGAUCCAGAGGGAUUAAAUAUAAAUUUGCCUCAUCUGUGGACUUCUGAAUGAAGGGAAGACAGAGUUUCUGGAGGCAUCACUCUGAAUAAAGAAAGUCUCACAUCCACCUCUUGAGGCUCUUACUGUUCACAUCUCACUGGACUUCAGAUAUUACAGUGGAGAUCAUAGAUCURCAUUCCACUCCAGCAGACAGUAGAGUCCUCCAUCACCAUCAUGUUUGAGACAUUGUACAUUUUUAUGACCUUUCGCAACCUCCAUGAGUGAAACGAUGAUUCAGCAAUGAAGGCACAUUGAUGGUGUAAAUAUUAUUUGAUGUUACUGUCCAAGGGUGAGUUACUAUCCACUGAAGCACAGCACAAAACACAUUCAUCUCCUAGAAAUAUGAUACGACAAGAGAGUGUAUCGCUAUCUAACGUAUACUUUUCAAAAACAAUCCUUUACCUGAAUACAGGUAUAAAGUCAACUUUACAUAUACAAAUAUACUGUAUCCCUUUGGCUCCACGCUKGCUCAGUGGACAGUAACUAUUCAUUGUACUUUGGUGGAUGUAAAGGUAAAACCAGAGAGGGGUGGUGAGGUUGAGGGUAGCGUUUGUUUGGUCCAAAAUAUAUCAUAUGUGAGGAUAUUGGCCACCUGUGUAAGACUUCAGGACUAAAAGAGUUCUGUACGGAGAUGUCUAUAUUGUUGUUCAUUCAAUCGAAAUCUAUCAAUAUUUGUGAWGGGGGAAAAAUGUUGCUCGUUUGUGAUACUUGUGAUGCUAUAACGGAGCAACUUUUAGGUGUGGAGGGCUGUAAGUCUUUGCUGUGGAAUAGUGGGUAGAGAUGCAUGACAGAAUAAUAGUGACAGCACGGCACCGGCAUGGACAAAAAUAAUGAUAAUGAUGCAUGGUGGUGGGGUGGUGACAUGAGAAUACAGUGUUUGUGUAUUUCAUGGGAGAAUGGUUCACAUAGAGCAGGACGUCCAGACUGCAGCCAGACCUGUGAAGAGCAUGCAGACUGCUUCUGCUCCUCACCUGUUAACAGUAAAGGCUGCUCUGUAAACAUCCCAACACAACCCCAGCUAAUUACCCCAAAAUACAGCAACACUGGGCCACCAUCAGUACCUAAGACCAUGGCAUAUAAGUUAUCUUAUUUUGGAGUGAGGCUUACUGUACUCCAACUUGUCCAACMGUGUUAGUUCCAAAUGCUCCUAUUCUUCUGGUUAUUCUGUUUUCUUAACUUUUUAAAUCGAAACCUCUCCGUUUGCGUAACAGUGAAACUGGGAGAGAUUACAUUUCAACCCAUGGGUUCUCAUCAUGUUCUCAUCAGGUACAGACUGUUAUGCRGUAACUACAGAUCGCCGCUACAGUAAUUCUGCGUCAUACCCAUUUAAUGCCUUAAAGUCUAGUAUUUAAUA